AACAGUAGUACUAUAGGGGUCAUUUUGCGAUCAUGGAGGGAGGGAAGAGAGCUUGCGUGAUUGGCGCCGGCGGCUUCAUCGCGUCGUGGAUCGUCACCAAGCUGCUGGAUCGAGGCUACAAAGUUCAUGGCACCGUUCGAGAUCCAGAUGACAAUGAGAAGUAUGGGCAUCUGAAGAAGCUCCCUGGAGCCGGGGAGAGAUUAUCGCUGUUUAGAGCUGAUGUUCUCGACUAUGAGUCGCUUGUGCCCGCUGUUCGUGGCUGCGAUGUUGUCUUCCACACCGCUUGUCCCGUUGCUCAUAAGUUUGAGGAUCCAGACGCUGUGUUAAAACCCGCUAUGGAUGGCACUCGAAAUGUAAUGGAAGCUUGCCACAAGGGGAAUAUCAAGCAUGUUGUGUUCACCUCCUCUGGAGCUGCCAUACUUUUCGAUCCAAACCGUCCGCCGGAUCAUAUAAUCGAUGAGAGCUGCUGGUCUGAUCCUGAAUUCUGCCGAAAGAGCAAGAACUGGUACAUGCUUGCUAAAACCGAGUCCGAGAAGCUCGUUUGCAAACUUGGGGACGAGUUUGGGAUCCAUGUUGUUGUGAUCUGUCCAGUUUUCGUACUAGGCCCCAUCUUGCAAUCCAAGAUCAACACCAGCGCUGCACUCGUCGCAAAUCUGAUGAAUGGCUCGCAAAGUAGCUACCCCAACACAUACUAUUCACUCGUUGACGUGCGAGAUGUUGCCGAGGCGCACAUUGCCGGCUACGAGGAUCCCAACGCCUCUGGCCGCUACUACUGUAUUGCGUGCUCCAAGCUUUGCAAGGAAAUCAUUGAGACUCUCAAGGAGAAGUUCCCCCAGUACCAAUACCCCCACAAGUGUGAAGGUGAGAUCACUGAAGGUAACUCAUUCGAGAAGAUUUCGAACAAGAAGAUUCUGUCCCUCGUCAAGGAGUUCAUCCCCUACGAGAAGACGCUGGUGGACACGGUCACUAGCCUGCAAGAGAAAGGCUUGCUCUAACACAAUGGUCGAAAUGCUGGAAUAAAAGACAAUGUUUUGAGGUAAA